UAAUCUUCAAGUGGAUCCGUCUUAGUUUCUAAAGUCAUAAAGAUACCGUUCGGGACGCACGCGUAUCUCGCCCUGUCACUUUCGAUUUUACUUUAAUUUCCUCCGGAAAAUACCCAACCGUAAAUAAGGACCGUCUUAAUCUUUUUUAUCGAGUAAUGCUCUUAUGAAUAUUCAAAUAUGUCGUUAGACAAUCUCAUAGUCGAAUGCUCGACCCCGAUCGAUGAUAGCGAAACGGAAAAUCGUGAAAAUGCUGACGAAAAACUGUCGUCGGAAAAUGUGGAUACAGUGUCGAGUGGGAAAAUCUUCGCGCCUAAGAUAACUCCGGAGAAUCCAGUGGUGGUGAAGAGUGUUCCGUUGGGGAAAACACCGAUGUCGAGCAUGGAGGAGGAGAAUUUGAGGGAAAGGUUGCACGUGGCUCAACUGAAAAAAUGCGCCGAAUUUGUGUCACAGGAACAGAGAUACACAAGGGAUACUUUUAAGAGGUUGUUUAUGAAUAAGUCUCUACUGGAACAAAUCUUCUAUCUAUUCGACCGGGAAGGUGACCUCUGUCUGGAACAGGAAAAAUGGAUGGAAUUUUUGAAGCAACGACUCAGGGAUGAAAAACAAAUUGAUUUUGCAGAGCAAUUGGAGAGUGUUGCUUAUUGCCUUUGUGGCGAAAGUCCCAUAAACCUAAAUCAAUUUUACCAAAUAUUCCACACGAGAGGGAUAAUCGACAAAUUAUUCAGAGUAAUAGACCAUCAAAACACUGGAUCCAUAGCGGCAGAAACCAUCAUGGAAUUUCUAGCCACAAUAACAAACAACAGGCCUAGGAGUGGUUUCGAUCAAGGCAGCUUAGAAAGAUUAGAAAAAUUAUUCAGGCAAACAGUUGGAAACGAGAAGGAAAUAAAAAUUGAAGACUUCAAGAAAAUAGUGAUUUCGAAAAAUCCUUUCUUCAUUGAACGAGUCUUUCAAAUCUUCGAUAAGGACAAUUCUGGAUCGAUUUCCUUGCAAGAAUUUUUAGAUGCGAUGCACCAGUUUGCCGGUCAAAGUCCAGAAGUUAAGAUCCGUUUUCUAUUCAAAGUAUAUGAUUUAGAUGGCGAUGGUCUGAUACAGCACAGGGAACUUCAACAUGUUAUGCGGGCAUGUAUGGAAGAAAACGGUAUGCAUUUCAGCGAGGAACAAAUAGACGACUUAACACAUGCCAUGUUCGAAGAUGCUGAUACGGAUAACAGGGGUGCCAUCACAUAUGAAGCCCUGAAGAGCCAACUGGAAAAGCAUGGCGGUCUCCUAGAGAAUUUGUCCAUCAGCAUCGACAGAUGGCUCAUACCACCAAAGCCUCAGCCACCAUCGCCAUCAUUCGUGAAAAGACUACUUUCUCUGAGGCCUUACCAGCUGACCUGGCCAUAUUUCAAAAACAACCAAGUGUACUUGAUUUUCCUGGCGUUUUUCGUGUUAGUCAACGCAGUCCUCUUCAUUACCAGAUCCUAUCAAUACAGGAAAUCGAAUUGGUACACAAUCUUCGCGCGAGCUUGUGGACAGUGUUUGAAUUUCGACUGCAUGUUUGUAUUGGUCCUGAUGCUUCGAAAAUGCAUCACAUUCUUAAGAACCAGAGGUUUCAGUUCCAUACUUCCAUUAGAUCAACACAUUUAUUUCCACAAGGUAACUGGAAUGCUGAUAUCCCUCCUGAGUUUGUGGCAUACGGUGAUGCAUUGUUGCAAUUUCUCUAUGGUUGUUGUGAACGAUCCUGUCAUAAAUAAGAAUAACUAUACGAUUAGUGAAUGGUUGUUUACACCAAAGCCAGGGUUGUUUGGACUUAUCGGAGGAUGGGCUAACCCUACAGGUGUGGCACUGGUCUUCAUUUUACUAUUGAUGGUUCCUUGUUCCCAAAAAUUUGUUAGACGAGGAGGAUGCUUCGAGAUAUUUUAUUGGACUCAUCUGAUGUAUAUUCCAUUUUGGAUACUCCUUCUUAUUCAUGGACCGAAUUUUUGGAAAUGGUUCGCUCUACCUGGCAUUAUUUAUAUUAUCGAACGGUUGAUGAGGUUCUAUUGGAUGAAAUACUGUCCGGACCGUGGAAAAACUUACAUCAGCUCAGGUCUCUUGCUUCCUUCCAAAGUAACUCAUCUGGUGAUAAAAAGACCAAUGAAUUUUCACUUCCACGCUGGAGAUUAUGUUUUCGUAAAUAUUCCAGUAAUAGCCAAAUAUGAAUGGCAUCCUUUUACCCUGAGCAGUGCUCCAGAACAAGAAGAUUACAUGUGGCUUCAUAUCAGAGGAGUUGGUGAGUGGACCAACAGGCUUUACGAAUAUUUCGAAAAAGAGCAGGAAAGACUCCAUAACGGAGACAUACAGGGUGUACCAGUUCCGACGAAAAAGAGGAACUCGAAAGAUUCUGGAAAUAAUAAUCAAAAUUCACUGACCAAAAUUCGGUCUUCAAUCAUGCGCACCCUAUCGACGAGAGAUAAGAAGCCAGACGUACAACUUGUAGGUUUUUCGAAUGAUGCUUUUCAAGAGGUUGACUUGGGAAAUCCAAAAGUCACCAUAGAAAUAACCAGUUCUUCCCCGUGCAGUAGCACAGAUCUCAGUGCAAAUAGAGGUAGAAGGCUUACGCCUGAAAAGAGGCUCCAGAGAUUGCUUAUGGCUAGUAAAGUUCCACUGGAGAAAUCCUUAUCUCUUCCUGAUAUGCAGAAGAAAGCAAAAAAUAAGGAGAGAAUUUUAGCCUUGAGAGACUAUAUGCGAUCAGAAUCAGAGAAAAGCUUCGAUCAACAACAAAUGAGAAGGGCCAGGAUGAAAUCACUGGGAUUGGCUUACCUCAGUCCGCAAAACAAGUCUCUGGCACAGAGUUUCAGAUACAUGAGAAACAAGCCAACAAUCAUUGCAUUCAAAACACCCAGUCUAGAGAAUUGUGAACAAAGGGAUUCCUCGAGCUCUAUAGGUUCAACAGUUCCUUAUCAGAACGAGGUGAGGCAUCUUGACCCAGAGAGCCAGGCUGAACAAGGUAGAGUGCCAUUCACCCCCACCCUCAAAGUUACACCGAUGAACUACCCCGUGGGAAAACCCUUAGAGGCACAGCAACUGCGUAGAUCACGUCAUGGUUCAAGACGUCAACAAACGCUUUAUGGUGGUACGGUUACGGAGAUUUUCUUAGAUGGACCCUAUGGUGCACCAUCAAGCCACAUAUUCAUGGCACAGCAUGCGGUUCUUAUAGCCACAGGCAUUGGAGUCACACCAUUUGCCUCCAUUUUGCAAUCAGUAAUGCACAGAUAUUGGAAAGCCAGGCAUACUUGUCCUAAAUGUAAAUUUUCCUGGGCUAGUGACAUACCCGCUAGCGUGAUGAAUUUGAGAAAGGUGGACUUUUUCUGGAUUAACAGAGAUCAGAGAUCCUUCGAAUGGUUCGUCAACUUGCUAUCUCAGCUAGAGAUCGAACAAGCUGAACUUGGUGGAGCCAUGGAGAGAUUUUUAGAGAUGCACAUGUAUAUAACGAGUGCUUUGCAAAAAACCGAUAUGAAAGCAGUAGGUCUGCAGUUGGCCCUUGAUCUCCUCCAUGAGAAGGAAAAGCGAGAUUUGAUCACCGGUCUCAAGACGAGAACAAACGCUGGCCGACCCAACUGGGACAAGGUGUUCAAACAAAUUUCAGACCAGAAGAAGGGAAAAGUUACCGUAUUUUACUGUGGCCCGCCACAAUUAGCAAGGAUUCUUAGGGUUAAAUGCGAUCAAUAUGGAUUCAGUUUUCGAAAAGAGGUCUUUUGAGGUUAUACACGUGAAUGCCUGACAUGUAAAUUAACAAAAAUGAAUGUAUUUAUCUGUAUAUCUGAUUUGAGUGUUUUUAUUGUUGAAUAUUUGUGUCAUAUUUAUUGAUAAUAAAGUAAAUUGUUCAAAUAA